AUGAUUCAUUCCGCAAAGGAAUUACCCGAUGGCCAUGGAAGCGUCUAUAAGGAGGUACGCUUCUCGCCGACCGCAACACCCAUACGCCGCACCAAAUCAGUCUCAGGAACUGCCCCCUCGGCCAAGACGAAGAAUUACCAGACACUGAGCUCAUGCGUUCCCGAAAGGACCCCAAUAAUUUUGGAUUCAUCCUAUAUUGAUCAGUCGCGAGCCCUGCUGGACCGUCAACGAGCCCAUUUUGAGGAGGAAAGGAAACUCUUUGCUGAAGAACGUCGGUUAUGGCAGAAGGAAAGAACACUCUUGAGAACAAAGAUUACAGAACUAGAGUCGUUGCUGAAAGUGCAACAAGGCCAACCAAUUUCGCCAGAUUCUGCAAAGCCGGCGUUUGGAUCGCCAUCAUAUCUAGGAUCUAAUGAAUCCACCAUACACUCAGCACAAGUAUGGGAGGGUUCAAGCCCAGGUGGCCGACCGACAAGGGUCUUCCGUGAUGAGGAUGCUAUAGACCCUGCUCACGUGUCGCCGAUCAGUGAAAGGAGCAGCAGUAUCCCUCCAUCCCUAGACGCGGCACUUUCACCCCAAGCGGGAGCGGCAGACGCUGAAAGCGUGGCCGUCAGUGUACCAGUACCGAUCGAGAAGCUUGAUAGCAGACUCGAUGGAAUUAUACUCAAAUCCACCGCACUGCCACCUGGGGUUGUUGCUAGAGUGAUCACCCCGCCCUCUCCGUCGCCCCUGGAGACCUCCUCGGCAGCCCCUUCAGCCGCUGCAAGGUCAGAACAGGAACACCGAAACAGUCUUAAGUUGAAGCUGUCAGAACUGGGCCCACCUGGUGAAAAUCUGGUCCGGGAUGCGGGCCACACUCCAAUGGCGAUCAUCGAGGCCGACGUGAGCCAACGGUCUACCAAGGAGCCUUCUCCCAUCGAGAAGAUGGAGGAGCCCCCCCCCUGCAGGGGCCCUUGGGGUCUCAUUAACGACGAGGAGCACGAUAAUAGUUUCCUAAGUGAAUUAGACCAGAAGCUCCUAGACCAGGCUAGGCGGAUCCUGUCUCCUGCGUCAGACUCUGGGAAAAUCGACGAAGACGAAGGCGACGCUGAGCUACCUUCCAAGGGGGAGCAGGAGCCGGAAAUCAAAUUCAGGAAGUCAACGAAUUUCGGCACCGCCUUUGGAAUAUCGAGUUAUGGAAAUUUCUAA